AUGGGGCGCCCCGCAGCAGCUCUCUUUGUCAUUCUUCUCUGUGCAGCGCUCUUCACGGUUGCAGCGUCUGCGGCAUCAGCCAUCGCGCCAUUCCUCCCACACGCGAAGCCACUUGUGAAAGGGAAGACUGUCAUAAAAUACAUGGGCACGCUGCAUCCCACUAAGAUCAAUGGGAAAGUGGUCGGCGACAAAGGUGCAUCGGGGAAAAUCGUAAUGAAGGGCAUCCGAUAUGCAUCAACUUCAUAUGCUAGCAGCUUGUUUUUUCAAGUCCUCAACAUUGCAUCUGGAGGGGAGCCGCCGUCCACAAGCUUUGGAGCUUCAUGCAUUCCUAAUAGCUUCGAACCGCCGCUGACCAAAACCUGGGUGGAGGUCACGAGCAGCAAGAGCGCGCGCCGCAAGCGUUACAGCUUCAUUGUGAAAGAGUUUUCGGGGGCGAAAAGCUUGGCGGAGGUGCGGAGCGCAAUGGGCGAGGCAAUGGCGAGUGGGAAGUUUAUAAGGGUUAACCACACGAACAACAAGCUGGUGCUCUGUGGAAAGCUCACCAAGGUGAUAUAA